UAGAAAUUAUUUUUAUUUUAUUUUAUGUGCUAAGUGUGCAGUGAGCAGUGCCAAAAAAAAAAACAAAAAAAAAACAAGUUAAUACCAUUUAAACCAACAGCAAUGGAGCAAAUCACGAACUACUUUGAGCACAUGGAUUACGUGUCCUUCGGCGUGAUAGCAUUGCCCUGCGUUAUCAUUGCCAUCUACGGAUUCCUGCAGGUGGCCAGCGGCCUGGCCAAAGGCAAACAUGACAACAUGCAACGCUUUAACAGCAACAAUACCAAUACCAACAACCAAAACAACACCAACAGUGUCAACAGCAGCAGCAGCCAGCAUAAGCGCUGCUCACAGAAAUAUAACAUAGGCUCAGCCGCCGCCACAGCAGGCAAUUAUCAGCAGCAGCAACAGCAGCAGCAACAGCAACAGCAGCAACAGCAGCAGCAGCAGCAACAGCAGCAACAGCAAUGCAACAACAGUCGCGCCGCACGCAAGGCACGCUACAAUAACAAACGCCAGGAGACUCAAGGAUCGAACGGCUCCUACAACAUGCAGAAGCGCGCCAAUGCAGCCGCAGUUGCUGCCGCCGCCGCUGCCGCAGUCGCUGGCAACACAUCGUCCUGGCAACGCUAUGUAAAUUCUUCAUGCAUCGAAGAGAAAUUCCUGGGCCAGCACAAUCCUGGACAUCGGAACAGCACCAGCAGCGAGGCAACCAGCGAGGACAUCAAUUCCAGCGACGAGCACCUGAACAAGCCCAAGUGCCGAGCUGGCAACAAUUCUGGCAAUCAUCAGAGUAGCGGCAACAGCAACAACAAGUCGCGCUCGAAGCGCCAGCAGAAGGGGCAGGCGUUGAAGCAGACGCCUGGACAGGUGCAGGUGCAGAUACAGGUGCAAGUGCCGCAGGAGCAGCAACAGCAACUGCAACAGCAGCAGCCGAACAAAGCCAACGGCAAGUGCAAGGGCAAGUGGCGCAACAACAACAACAACAACAAUAAUAAUAAUAAUAGCUGCAACAAUAACAACAACAACAACAACAAUAACGGCAACAAUUGCAACAACAACAAGCUGCACAACAACCACCACAACAAUAAUAACAACAACAACAACGGGCACGGCAACAACAACAUGAAAUUCAACAGCUCCAAUUCCUCAUCAGCUGUGAGCUCACCUGGUGGCUCACCCAUUGGCAGCAGCUGCGGCAGCAUACGCAACAAUAACAACAACAACAACAAUAACAACAACAACGGCAACCACUACAACCAUAACAACAACAACAGCUACAACAAGCAUGGAGUAAAAUCGAUAACGAGCUGGCAGCGCGAAGAGCGCCAGCUGCACAAGGCUCAACAGCGUCAGAAUUUGAAUUUCCUGGUGCCGCCGCUGCGUCAAUACGAGCGUUUGGACAUUGAUGAUGAGGCGCUGAUGCGCCAGCUGCGCCGCUAUCUGAUCGAUCAGAAUCUGUUGCGCGUGUACGGCUUCCCGGUGGCCAGUGUGGUGCACGACGGGGCCAUCGAGAUCUUCAAGUGUCUGCCGCACAUGAGCUUCGCGGCCGCCCAUGUGAUGGCCGUGGCCGAGUCGGCAUUGACGGUGAUCAAUUGCCAUGAUGGCCUGAAUACGAGCCAAUUCGAAUAUGUGGUUGGCGGCCAGGAGGUUGGCCAUCCCGACGAGCUCAUUGGCGGCGGCACUGGCCGCAUCAGCAGCAGCAGCAACAGCAGCACCACCAGCGGCAGCAGCAGCAACCACAUCAGCAAUAGUGACACUAACAACGAUAGCAACAAUAGCAACAAUAGCAACAAUAACAACCACAGCCCAACAGCAACAACAUCCACAGACUCGGGCAACAUAUCGCCACGUUCCCUCGACUCGGAAUCGGGCGGCGAAUGGAGCGGCAGCGAAUGCGAAUCGGCACCCAGUGCCGAGAGCAGCUACGGGCUGGAGCUCUAUUGCAACUACCCGAUGGUGGAGCGCACCCUGGCCAAGCAGUGUGUGCGCUGCAAGCGCGAGUUUCUGGUGGACGAUCUGAGCGGACAGUAUUUGACGCGCGAGGAGUGCACAUACCAUUGGGGCAAGUACCAUCGCUGCUACGACGGCAAUGUCUGGGUGAGCCGCUGGACCUGCUGCAAUGGCACCGAGGAGAGCGAUGCCGGUUGCACGCAUCACGAUCUCCAUGUGUGGACCGGAUCGGUGGUGGGCGUGAAUGGGCCCUAUCAUGAUUUCGUCCAUACACGACCGCGCAGCGGCUCGUCGGCCCGCAACCGUGAGCCGCCCGCCGUCUAUGCGCUCGACUGUGAGAUGAGCUAUACGGGCCGCGGCCUGGACGUCACCAAAGUAUCGCUGGUGGCCCUCAACGGGCAGCUGGUGUACGAGCAUUAUGUGCGACCGGAUGCCGAUAUUGUUGAUUAUAAUACACGCUUCUCGGGCGUCACCGCCAAGGAUCUCAAGGCGAACGGCUGCAAGUCGCUGGCCGAGGUGCAGCGCGAUCUGCUGGAGCUGAUCGAUGCGGACACCAUACUGAUCGGACAUGGGCUGGACAAUGAUCUGCGCGCCCUGCGCAUCGUCCACAAUACGCUGAUCGACACAUCCAUUGCGUUUCCACACACAAGCGGAUUCCCCUAUCGUCGGGCCCUGCGCCACCUGACCAAGACGCAUCUCAAUCGCGAGAUCCAGAGCGGGGACGGUGCCACUGGACACAGCAGUUUCGAGGACUCACGCGCCUGCAUGGAGCUGAUGCUGUGGCGUGUACGCCGUGAACUGGCCUCCGGCGUUGCCUGGGAGGAUUAGAUUAGUCUGUAUAGCCUCAACCCACCCCCCAAACACACACACACACACACACACUCAUACACAAAAAGACGUCCAAGCUCUAACCACGGGGCGGGUCACAUUCACUGUAUCGUAUCGUAUCAGAUCUAUGGGCGGGGCAACCCAAGUACUUUUAGUCUGUAAGACGUUCCUAGUUUUAGUUAAUUUUUUUUUUUUUUUUUUUUUUUUUUUUUUUUGGAGUGAUCCUUGGACGGAUGAUCGCUUCUUGUAUUUAAUCUCAGUCUAUGGUUGCUUUAUCCUUCUGGCCUUCACAUCACAUCCAAAAAAAAAACAGCCCCCAUUAGACCAUUAACAUCCAUUAAUUUCUCUCUCCCUCUCUCUCUCUCUCCCUACCGAGCCCUGCUACUCCCUGCGAAAUUCUGUCCAUCCCCCUGCCCUUGUCCCAAGUUUGUGUGUUUUUUUUUUUUUAGCCCCGCCUCAUCUAAAUUCCACUCCCCCACGCAUCCCGCGCCCCCAUCCUUCCCCCCUCCCCUCCUGCUCCCCCGUUAAAUCGACCUAACUCUGGGGCUCUGGCGCCCCAAUCUGACGAAGCAGCUGGGCAACGCCAUUGUGAGCUGAGAAUGAAACCCCCAAACGAAAGGCAUACAUACACACACAUACACACGCACGCACACAAAUGCAAAAA